CAUAUAUUCUUGAAAAUACUGCUCAAGCAACCGAUUCACUCUUCAUUUUAGGAGAAUUUGUUAUACCAAAAAAAAGACCAAUUGGCACACCACAUUCCACACCAAUGGCGACAGUCGUGCCAGAAACACCAUCCUUUGGUGAAUGGUUCCUGGGGCUUUUUUCUCAUGGAACUUUGAUUGUUUCGAGUGUAUAUUUCCAUAUCCAAGUAUGGAUCGAGAUUUUACUCGGCCGCGUUCCUCGGUCUGAUUUGCGCGAGGAAGCCUUUUCGCGAUUUUGGACGUUCUUUACAACCAGGCCAGCUCCUGACCCAACCAGCCCUCCGCCUCCGCCGACCGGCUCAGCGACUCUCGCGCCAUCUCUUUUUGCCCAAGCCUCCGGCGUCGUUCUAGACCUUGGCCCUGGCAACGGUGCACAGAUGCCUCUUCUGGCCAAAGCUGCUCCGGCCAUUCGAGAAGUAUACGCCGCGGAACCCUGUGUCCGACUACACACUCAAUUAGCUGCAAAAGCGCGGGAGCAUGGAUUGGGAGAAAAGUACAAUAUCCUUCCCUGCUCGGCUUCACCGGAAAGCCUGAUUCAAACCCUUGCCAAGGAGGGACUAUUAACCGGAAAUGCGGACCAAGGCAUCUUUGACACCAUCAUCUGCUGCCGCGUUCUGUGCAGCGUUCCAGAUCUCGAGGAAACCGUACGCGGAUUAUACCGCUUGUUACGGCCCGGUGGUAAAUUGCUCGUCUGCGAACACGUUCAAUCCCCGUGGUCAAAGGCCAAAGGCGGAAGCUUUUUGUCGCGUACCAUGCAGCACGUGUACAUGUUCCUUGGCUGGAAAUAUCUUAUUGGCGAUUGCGAAUUGUUGCGUGAGACGGACAAGGUGUUGCUGGAGAUUGCGGAAGAAGAGGAGGAAGAAGAAGAGGAUGUCACUGGCUGGAAAACCCCUGAUUUGAAGUUGCACUUUGCAUGGUCGACACUACCAUAUGUCUCGGGCGUGCUUGUAAAGAAGGAUUAAUUGCUUUCUUUGGUUGGUAACAUGGUGCAAUUGAGCGGAUAUAGAUUGAACAUCUAAUCAGAACCCCUCGACCCGGGUUCAGCUUAAACAAAGGUUGAACAGGACCAGGUACUUUGGUACAUUAGAAGAGGGUAAUGACUUGUGAGCUGAGGACGUGGUUGGCAUGGGGAUUUGUGUGUCCUGGUACUAUCGGAGUAGACUGCAAAUAGGUACUUUAGUACUUGGAAGCAGGGUAAUGAUUGGUGAUUCAGGUGGCGUCAACUAAUUAAUCCUUUACUAGGGCAAAGGGCCAAGUAUUAGCACCAUGCUCUAACAAACUGAGCUAACCGACCUGUUACCCGGUG